UCGCAGCUGUCAAAACAAACAGAAAGAAAAACAAUCUCUGGCGGUGCGGUAAAAUCUGCUUCCAUAUAAGUAAUUGGGUUAAAAAGAUGUAUGAAAAGUACAACGUUUAGCAUAAGAGAAAGUGCGGGUUAUUUCCAAGUGUCCCGCUCCAGCUAUUUACCCCAACAGUUGCUGUGAAAAAAAACAUAAUCGAACGACGUAAAAUGUUUCCGGAAACGUUGGUGUUUGCGCUAGCGCUGUUCAUCACGGGCGCCAUCCUAUUUCUGCUUAUCUACUACCUGAUUAUACUCUCCGAUCUGGAAUGUGAUUAUCUAAACGCACAGGAAUGCUGCUCGAAGCUCAACUUUUGGUCCAUUCCCAAGCUGGCUGCCCAUGGGUUUCUCACCUUUCUGCUGCUCAUCCAUGGCAAUUGGUUUCUGUGCCUGGCGAACUUGCCCAUGGUAGGGUGGCUCGUGUACGAGCAGUACCGUGUACCGCCCGGCAAUAUCGGCAUUUACGAUCCGGCCGAAAUCCAUAACCGUGGCAUGGUGAAAAAGCACCUGCGGGACACGAUGAUAGGAUUGGGCUUUUAUUUGAUUAUCUUCUUCGUUUAUCUGUACUGUAUGAUAAUCGCCUUACUGAAGGGAGAUCCCAUUAGGCGACACGAGGAAGAGGAAAUAGUAACGGAAUUCUAAAUACUCUGCUCAAAAGAAGCAUUCUCGAAGUGUGACGAAGUGUUAAAAAGCACUUUAGACAUUUAUGUUUGUCUUAACAGAAUCUCCUCCAAUAUGUGCACCUCCCUCAGAUAGUAGGCAAAUAGACCAUUGUCAGCUAUGAUAGUCAUGCGUAAUAGAUUUAGUAAAAUAUGAUUUCAAAUCAGUCAACUUCCCCUAGCCAAAGAAUACUCACGUAUGUAAGUAAUUUGCGUAAAAUAAAUAAAACAUAUUUAGCAGAAUAA